AUGAGACGCUCAGCAUGUCUCUCCAUCAUCAUUUCAGCACUCGCGGCCCAAUGCGCACGCAUAGUCCAAUCAAACGACGACGGCUGGGCCGAAUCCUACAUCCGAUCAUUCAACGACGCGUUAAUCGCCGCCGGCCAUGAAGUCGUCCUCUCUGCCCCAGCAGAAGACCAGUCAGGAACCGGCUCAAGUGACGCAUCGCCAACUCCCCGAAAUGAUCCCUGCCAAUACAACUCCUGCCUCCCCAACGGCAGCCCGACAGGCUACAACGCCACCCGCCCCGACCUCAACUGGGUCAACUCCUUCCCCGUCACCUCCAUGAAGUACGGCAUCACCACCUUCGGCCCCCAGCUAUGGAACGGCUCGGGCCCGGACCUCGCCGUGUCCGGAAUCAAUGUCGGCACAAACGUCUUCGUCCAGCUCCCCUUCUCAGGAACUGUCAACGCAGCGACAUUCGCCGCCCGCGCCGGCAUCCCUUCCAUCGCCUUUUCCGCAGCAUCUGUCGGUCGAGCGCCCUUCGACAUGGACCCGACGCCUCUCCGUAGCAUCCUUUACGGCCAACUCGCCACUCAAUUGACCAACAAGAUCAUCUCAUCCGGAACACCGUACCUCCCUUCAGACGUCUUCCUAAACGUCAAUUUUCCAAAAGUCGAGGGCAACUGCACCGACCUCUCCAGCUUCAAAUGGGUUCUCAGCCGUAUCAACCCGGGCAUCAUCUCGCCACCAGAUGUCGACCUCUGUGGCGGGAAUCGCCUGCCUACCGAGCUGACCGUCAUCACACACGGCGGAUGCUUCAUCUCCGUCAGUGUCGGCAACGCUCAGGACAAGACUACUGCGCCCAACAGCAAGCAGGCCGUGGUGCUUGAAAAGCUGCGUGAUAUGCUGAAUUGUCUACCUAACUGA